UCGUGUGACACGUACAUCUCUGUAUUACAGGCAGCUCCAUUCAGUCCAUUGCGCAUUACUCACUUUAUUCCUAUUCAUUGCGUUCAUCGCUUGUGUCUUUUGUGCGUGACUCAACUCAAGCCUGCAGACAACAUUCUAGGAUGCGCUCAACCAGUCGGCAUUCUUUUGGGGUUACUCAGUCCUCCAGAGGGGUGAAAGAUAGUCACUCAUCAUACAUCACCUCUAGCAGCUCUUCGUCAUCCUCAAGCAGUUCUUCAUCAUCCUCUGAAAGAAAGAAAAAAAGAAAAAAGAACGGUGUUAAGAGAAAAUUAAAUUUAAAACAUGGCUCCAAAACUCGAGAACCCAAAUCCAACAAGCCUGAUUCUGCUGUGGCAAGAGCCCAUAAUUCUGUAGCUGGGCUUGCAGGUGCCAGUAAUUCUGGAGCUGGGCUUGCAGGUGCCAUUAAUUCUGGAGCUGGGCUUGCAGGUGCCAGUAAUUCUGCAGCUGGGCUUGCAGGUGCCAGUAAUUCUGCAGCUGGGCUUGCAGGUGCCAGUAAUUCUGGAGCUGGGCUUGCUAGAGCUGGAAAUUCUGAUUCUUGUAAGAAGAUAUCAAAGGAAAAAAGUGCUAAACUUUUUGAAAAUAAAAACUUGAAUUCUGCUACCAAUAAAAAGGGAUCGAAACUCACAAACAGUAAUGCUGCAUCUGGAACAUCAUAUACUGAAGAUGCAGCUUCAAAUGCUGGGGUUUCCAUUGCAGGGAAUAAAGGCUUUAAAUCGAAUUCUUCUGUGCUUCUUUACUGGAAUCCAAGCACUCGGGGAUCUGCCACUUCUAACCCUGCUGAUCAAGAGAGCAUUCACCGUCCUGCAGGUAACCGUUCUGAGGUACCAGUUGGUCCUGAGUCUGAAGGGGAUGCUAGGUCAGCAUUAGCGUGUUCUUACUCUCAAGUAUCUCCAGUUUCUGAAGACACUUGCUCCAUAUGCUUGUGUGUCAUCACUGACGCCUGUGUUGCCGGAUCCUGUCUUCACAGGUUCUGUUUUCCUUGCCUAAAAGAGUGGUCUGAACGUAAACAAGAUUGUCCUUUGUGCCAAAUUCCAUUCUCAAUGAUCAUCCAUGACAUCAAAGGGGACCAGGAUUACAAGGUGUGUCGUAUUGUAGAUGAGAAACCUGUUACUGGGACAUGGCCACAAGCUUUUGUUUCCAUUUCAGCAGUCAGGGCUGGGAAAAGUUCAUCUAUGAAAUCUAUACCAAUCAAACUUGAUCGAAAAACUUUCUCUAUUUCUAACGUUGAAAAGAAAGUUGAAAUUGGCAAUGAUGAUCAGCAAUCUGGCGCUAACGAAAUCAAAUGUAAUGGUAAACAGAAAAUAAGCUCGCCUGCUUUUGCACAAGAUGACAGAGAUUCUUCAGAAGAUUCUGCUUCUGGCAUCCGUCGGGAGCCUAAAGAUCACUCGUCUAGAAUCAAAAGCUCUGUUAGACCCAUGACUAAAAAUGUUGCUUCUGGCGCAUCUUCCAGGGACGCACCUGACACCAGCAACAGCAAUAGAAGGGAGCAAGGCUAUCGAGUUACCGUCAACCCUGUCAGAGUUGAGACACCUGAUGUUGGUGUUCCUCCUACUACGCAGAAAAAGAUAGCCAAGAACGAGAUCGAGUAUAAACGUGAUGAGAUGAAACGAACUUUUUCUUCACGGGCUCACAGCAAGAAACCUGGGCUUGCAGUUGUCAGUAAUUCUGGAGCUGGGCUUGCAGGUGUCAGUAAUUCUGGAGCUGGGCUUGCAGGUGUCAGUAAUUCUGGAGCUGAGCUUGCAGGUGUCAGUAAUUCUGGAGCUGAGCUUGCAGUUGUCAGUAAUUAUGGAGCUGGGCUUGCAGGUGUCAGAAAUUCUGGAGCUGAGCUUGCAGUUGUCAGUAAUUCUGGAGCUGGGCUUGCAGGUGCCAGUAAUUCUGGAGCUGGGCUUGCAAGAGCAAAUUAUUCUGGAGCUGGGCUUGCAGAUGUCAGUAAUUAUGGAGCUGGGCUUGCAGGUGUCAGUAAUUAUGGAGCUGGGCUUGCAGGUGUCAGUAAUUAUGGAGCUGGGCUUGCAGGUGCCAGUAAUUAUGGAGCUGGGCUUGCAAGAGCAAAUAAUUUUGGAGCUGGGUUUGCAUUGCAGGGGUCAGUUAUUAUGGAGCUGGGUUGCACUUUUCAGUAAUUAUGGAGCUGGGCUUGCAGUUGUCAGUAAUUCUGGAGCUGAGCUUGCAGGUGUCAGUAAUUAUGGAGCUGAGCUUGCAGGUGUCAGUAAUUCUGGAGCUGGGCUUGCAGGUGUCAGUAAUUCUGGAGCUGGGCUUGCAGGUGUCAGUAAUUCUGGAGCUGGGCUUGCAAGAGAACUUGAAAGUCGGCCAUCAUUUUUUAGUUGGUUACUCUCGAAGUUUCUGUGGUUUGACAGUGUAUAAUCUUGACUCAUGCUGGCACAUAACUGCUAUUUCAAUGGUAGCGCCAUGAAGUUAUUAACUUUCAAAUUCUUUUGUUUUUUUCUCACUAUUUUUUCUUAAUUUUUAAAAAUAUUCACGAUAUUAGAAAAGUCCUGCCGAGUUUUUCAAUGUUCUACCCUAAAUUCUAAAAGAUAAAGAUUUUUCAAGCGGCUAUUGAAAUUAAUGAGGGUUUUUUUGUGUACUCUAGCAAUAAUAGAAAAUAGUUAAAGAGUUCAUUAUUAAGGAAGUAGGUAACAUUUUUUCCGUGUUUUUUUCAUGAAAAGCUCUAUUUUUUGAUCCUCACGUCAAGGAUAUUGGGAAAUGAAUGAGCAGUUUUUUUUCUUCUUGACGUCAUGUACUAAAUAUCCUGUGUAAAAAAUCUCCAAUCCUCGGAAAACAUUAUUUUUCACCCAGGAUUUUUUUAUACGAAACGUUGCUUUUGUUUCGGCACCUAAGAAAACUUUAAUGUUAUGAAAUUGUAACGUCAUUGUUAUACAAAAAAAAACAAUUAUAUGUUCUAGAUAAACUGAGAUUUCAGGCGAUGUGGGCUUGAUGUGCGGGAACUACUGUCAGGUUGUCCUAGGAUUUUUUUAUGUAUUUAGUUCGUAAGUUUGGUUAACUCGAAUACGUUAGGUAUGUUAUUACCCCAUAGGUUAAGUUGUAGAGUGAUAUUUUUGAUUCUGCAGUGUGGUGCAGCUAAGAACUUAGAAUUGUUACCAUAUCGCUCUGUCUCGCCUUUUCU